AUGCGAUCGGCUGCGGCCGCCCUGGCCGCGGCGGCGACGCUCGCCCUGGCCCUCCUCCUGGACGCGGCCCUCGCCCGGCAUCAGCAUCGCUCCGGGAACCCCGGCCACAAGCCGUCCGGUGACAUCUCCCUCUGGAUCGACCAGCAGCAAAUUAAGAUGUUUAGCGGGCUUGCAAUGGAAAUAUACGCGAUUGCGGAGGGCCGAGUACUGGCUUAUCUUUUAGAUCCAGAGUUUGAGAAUAAACUGCCGAUUAUCCCAAGCGAGGUGUCGCACGUGAAUUUCACGUGGAAGUCAGGAGUAAAAAAGUACUAUUACAACUUUUUUCGUUUAAAGUCGUACGACGAGAGCAUCUUGAAAACUCCAUCGAUCACGAUCAAAAAGCAAGGACGGGUGCCUAAGAGACCGAAAGAUUUCAGCAUUCUCUUACCUUGCGCCGGCAAUUCGGGCAUAGCGCAAUUCGGGAUCAGUCUGAUGAUCGAGAACCUCAAGGGGAAACCUCUAAACGGGACGCCCCUUCGUCUCAGUUUAAGAAAAGAAUGCACCGUGCGCGAGCCUAAUCCUGGUCCCUGCCCAGAUGGUUAUCUAGGUCCUAAUUGUAAAACAGCGCUUUGUUAUCCGAAUUGUAUGAAUGGUGGUAACUGCACAGCGCCAGGCGUGUGUUCGUGCCCGCCAGGAUAUCAAGGUCCUUACUGCGAAGGAGGUAUCUGCACAGAGAAAUGUUUGAAUGGAGGAAAAUGUAUUCAAAAAGAUAUCUGUGAAUGCCCAAAAGGCUAUUUCGGCUUGCGCUGUGAAUUUUCCAAAUGCGUUAUUCCUUGUCUCAACGGAGGCAAAUGCAAGGGCACUAACAUCUGCAGAUGUUCAAACGAAUAUAAAGGCAAUCACUGCGAAAUUGCAACCACACAUAUAACGUCACAACGUUCAACAUGUAGCAAGCCGUGUAAACAUGGAACCUGUCAAUCAAAUGACACAUGCCUCUGCGAAGCUGGCUGGUACGGAAAGUUUUGUCAUAAAAGCAAGCCAUGGGCUUAGACUAAUGGAGUAUUUUCAACGUUAUUAUUAUUCGUACCAACUGAAUCCUUUAGAAAGCGACAUCAUUCUAAAAUCACUAGAUGAAAU